GUCUUCUUCUUCCUCCUUCCUGGUUCCUACUCACAAGUCACAAAUAUAUAUUCAUACAUACAAAUCAACAGCAUAGGCACAUUAAUAAGUUUUGAUAGAAAAGAAAACAAAAUGGGUUUUCGUGGGAAAUUCUUCUUCCCAGUUCUCAUGACUACUCUAUCGUUAUUUCUAAUAAUCAGAUACACCUACAUAGUCUCCGGUGAUCCUCCUCUCCAGCAAGAUCUCCCUGGACGCCGGUCAUUUCCUUCUGGAGAUGACGUCAUAUUUUCCGUCAAGACUCCGUCGAAGAAGACCAAGAAACUUUUUCACACCGCGGUCACAGCCACCGACUCCGUGUAUAGCACGUGGCAGUGUCGGAUCAUGUACUAUUGGUACGAUAGGUUCAGGGACGAACCCGGUUCGGAGAUGGGAGGAUAUACCCGGAUCUUACAUUCAGGUCGACCCGAUGGGCUCAUGGAUGAGAUCCCUACCUUUGUUGCUAACCCUCUUCCAUCUGGUGUUGAUCAGGGAUAUGUAGUUCUAAAUAGGCCUUGGGCGAUUGUGCAAUGGCUUCAACAAGCACAUAUAGAGGAAGAUUACAUUCUUAUGGCGGAACCUGAUCAUAUUAUAGUUAAACCAAUACCAAACCUAGCCAGAGGCAGUAUGGGGGCUGCGUUUCCCUUUUCAUAUAUUGAACCCAAGAAAUAUGAACUGGUUCUCCGCAAAUUCUUCCCCAAGAAGAAUGGCCCGAUAUCGAGAAUCAACCCCAUUGGUAACUCUCCAGUGAUAGUCUCUAAGAAUGCAUUGAUGAAAAUUGAUCCAACAUGGAUGAACGUUUCUUUAGCUAUGAAGAAUGACCCACAAACAGAUAACACUUUUGGUUGGGUCCUUGAAAUGUAUGCCUAUGCUGUUUCUUCGGCGUUACACGGUGUGAGCAACAUUCUACACAAAGACUUCAUGAUUCAGCCUCCUUGGGACACUGAAACAAAUAACACGUACAUCAUACAUUACACUUACGGCUGUGAUUUUGACAUGAAGGGAAAUGUAAUGCAUGGGAAGAUCGGAGAAUGGAGAUUCGAUAAACGGUCUUACGGGGAUAAACCGCCUCCAAGAAAUCUCACACACACACACACACAUUUUAGACCAAAAAAAAAAAAAGAAAUCUCACAUUGCCACCCCAAGGUGUUCCUGAGAGUGUGGUGACAUUGGUGACAAUGGUGAACGAAGCUACGACUAAUAUUCCUAACUGGGCAUCCUAAAAGAUUUUUCUUAAAAAAAAAAGCAAUACUACAUUCCUUUACCCUGUUCCAUAGUUUUUACUAUUCAAAUAUUGAAUUACAAUUUUGAAUUUUUUUGAAUAGCUGUUAGAGAAUGGUAACCUGCUUCACAAUCAAUCAUACCAAAACUUUAUAUCGCAAAACAAAA